AUGUCGCAAGGGUCACUACAACUUUCGCCGUCUAUAUGGUCGGCAGACCCAGAGCUGUUAUCGCAACUGAACUACAUUCUGGCUGGUACUUUGAGCCCAGACUCGACUAUUCGCAGGCAGGCCACCUCUGCACUUGAAGAUGCCUCGAAACAUCCGGAUUUGGAGAACUAUUUGUUGAACAUAUUGGUUUUGGGCAAGGAUGUUGACGUGUCAGCCCGAGCUGCUGCGGGUCUAAGCUUGAAAAACGACGUUUUGUACCAUUUCCAGAACAGAUCUGACACAGUCAGGCAAUACGUGCAAACUCAGAUUACCCAGGGACUUUUGGAUGAGAAUCCUGUGAUUAGAAACAUUGUUGGUAACGUGAUUACCACGCUUUUCUCCAAGUGCGGAGUGGAAAAAUGGCCGCAGGUACUACCCGAACUGAUUGGAAUGGCAUCAGGAGAAGGGAUCAAGACAUCUGUGAGUGCUCAGGAAGGUGCUUUGGGUGCUCUGUCUAAGAUAUGUGAGGAUUCAGCCCAGGAAUUGGACAAAGAGUACUUUGGUGAACGUCCCUUGAACUUCAUGAUCCCCAAAUUCAUUGAGCUGACCAGCUCGCCGAAUGCAAAGGUCCAGAGCCUGAGUGUGUUCUGUAUCAACCAAUUUCUUACGCUUCAAACGCAGAGUUUGUUGGUUUAUUUGGACACUUACUUGCAGAGACUGUUCAGUCUAGCCACGAGCAUGGAUUCAGGCGUGAGAAGAAACGUCUGCACGGCAUUUGUUAUGAUUCUGGCUGCUCGACCAGACAAGCUAUUGCCUCAUUUAGAGGGUGUUAUCAACUACUGUCUUCAUACUGUCAAGGAUGAGGACCAAGAUGUGGCGCUGGAAGCUUGUGAAGUGCUGUUUGGUGUUGCUACAUCCGAUAUUUCGCCGUCUAUCGUGCAGCCUCUGUUACCCAGCAUUAUUCCAAUUCUUCUGGAGAAGAUGGUGUACUCAGAAGUGGAGAUCUUUGUGUUUGAAUCCCAGGAUGCCGACGACGAUCACCUUGUAGCUGAUAAGGAUGAGGAUAUCAAGCCUCAGAUGGCUAAGGCUAAGAGUUCCCACAAGGUCGGCUCUACGCGUGAAAAGUCUACAAAUGGUGAUGCGGGUUACGACGACGACGACGACGAUGACGAAACCGAGGAUGAGGACGAUGAUGACGAUGAUGUUUCCGAGUGGAACCUCCGGAAAUGCUCGGCAGCCACUUUGGACGUUUUUGCAUCUAUGCAACCCGAACUUGUGUUCAGUAUCAGUCUUCCGAUCAUCAGAGAUCGGGUGGUUUCGUCGGAAUGGCCUGUUCGUGAGGCUUCCAUUCUGGCGUUAGGUGCUAUUGCCGAGGGAUGUUUGGAUCUGAGCAAGAACGAACUACCCAGCAUUAUCCCUUUCUUAGUAGAGAGAUUAAAGGACGAACAGCCAAGGGUGAGACAGAUCACAUGUUGGACUCUGGGAAGAUACUCUACGUGGGUUUGUGAAGCUGCUGCCACUAAUGGAGAGUAUGCCCAAUACUACGUUCCAACCAUGAACUCCAUCAUGGACUGUCUCGUUGAUACCAAAAAGGUGGUGCAGGAGUCUGCGUGUUCCUCUCUGGCAAAUUUUAUAGAGGCCAGUCAAGAGGGACCACUUUCGGUUGUGGUAGAUGCAAUGAUGGACCGUUUCAAGAUAUGUUUGCAAAGGUAUCAGAGGAAGAACAUGCUGUUAUUGUAUGAUGCGAUCCAGACUCUUGUUGAGAAGUUUGGUGAGUUAUCGGAUUUGCAGAAUGGAAGAUCGUAUGUGAAAGCAAUCUUGCCAGAUCUUUUGGAGAAAUGGGGUUCUUUGGCAGACGAUGAUCUUGAUCUGUGGCCUUUAUUGGAAUGUAUGUCUGCGGUUGCUGCGACUUUGGGUGAGGAGUUUGCACCUUAUGCUCAAGGAGUUUAUGAGAGAUGUCUGAGAAUCCUUUCUAGAUGUUUGGAACUGAACAAGCUGUGCUUGGUGGAUCCUUCCUUGGAGGAGCCAAACACUGGUUUUGCCAUAACGGCAUUUGAUCUGAUAGACGGUUUGGUGCAGGGUCUAGGUGUUCAUUUCGGCGAGCUCAUUAUGAUGCACGAAUCGCAGGGAGUUUCUCUGAUGAGUCUUUUGAUCGCCAAUUUUGAUGAUCAAGAGAGUGACGUAAGGCAGUCCGCAUACGCUCUUCUGGGGGAUCUAGCGACUUGCUUGCUAGACCUCACGAUCACUCCUCAUCUUCACGAGGUUCUUCUUUGCAUUGGUAAGGAAAUGGCAAACAAAUCCUACAACUCGAGUGCAGCCUGCAAUAAUGCUGCGUGGGCUCUUGGAGAAAUGGCUAUGCGCUUGCCAGCGGAAUCUAUGGCUCCAUAUCUAGAUAAUCUUAUGGGGCUGCUGGUUCAAAUCCUGGUUGCCAAUGAUGUCCAAGAAAGUGUUAGCGAAAACGCAGCCAUCACUAUUGGUAGAUUUGGUAUCAAUAAUGCCACAGAAAUGAGCAGGUACCUCACGGACAUUGCCCUUCCAUGGUUUGCAAGGAUGCUCUAUGUUGCUGAGAACGACGAAAAGGAUACUGCAUUUGUUGGGUUCUGCAAGAUCAUAUCUUCAAACCCAGCUCCGUUGGGUGAAAACACAAAUUCAGGAAAAAAGUGCUUGAGACAGUUCCUCGAGUGUGUUGGAAUGUACGAGAUGCCCAGUGAAAGUCUCAAGUCGAUCUUUCAGUUCUUGCUAAAUGCGUUCAAGCAGAUGUAUCCCGAGUCCUGGAAUGCGGUGUUGCCCUCGAUGGACCAAUUUGUGAUUCAGAUGAUACAGCAAAAUUACCUGGUGUAA